GGCGUCGCGCGUUCCUGUCAGUUGCAUCGCCGGGAGCUCGCGCGACGUCCGCGCAGCUGAUUGGUUCCGGCGCCGGCUCUAGGCCAAGCGACUGGAGCUUUCCUUUUGACGGUUCGCGAAGCGGCUGCGAUGGGCUCUCGGGCGUCUACGCUUCUUAGGGACGAGGAGAUCGAGGAGAUCAAGAAGGAGACGGGCUUUUCUCAUAGUCAGAUUACUCGUCUAUACAGUCGGUUUACUAGCCUGGACAAAGGAGAGAAUGGUACCCUAAGCCGUGAAGACUUUCAACGCAUUCCAGAACUUGCUAUUAACCCAUUGGGGGAUAGGAUUAUCAAUGCCUUUUUUCCAGAAGGAGAAGAUCAGGUGAAUUUCCGUGGAUUCAUGAGAACUUUGGCCCACUUCCGACCCAUUGAAGAUAAUGAAAAAAGCAAAGACCAGAAUGGGCCAGAACCUCUUAACAGCCGGAGCAACAAAUUGCACUUUGCUUUUCGAUUAUAUGACUUGGAUAAAGAUGAUAAAAUUUCUCGAGAUGAACUGCUUCAGGUCUUGCGGAUGAUGGUUGGUGUAAAUAUCUCUGAUGAACAACUUGGUAGUAUUGCUGAUAGAACAAUCCAGGAGGCUGAUCAAGAUGGUGACAGUGCAAUCUCCUUUGCAGAGUUUGUAAAAGUUUUGGAAAAAGUGGAUGUAGAACAAAAAAUGAGUAUCCGAUUUCUUCACUGAUGAAACAAAGGCAGUUUGUGUUAUCCUAAUAUUUAAAAAAUACAGCUUAUUUUAUUCACUUUACUCCUGAAUGUUGCUAUUGGUUUAUGUGAGGUAUGUCUCCAAACUUUUCCUAGUUUGUCCAUCAAUAAGAACAUUCCUUCUGCAUCAGAACAAAGGAACGUGGCUGCAGUGCAGCUUGGAAAUUAAGCAGUGACAUGGCCUCUUCCUCAGCUCUUGAAUGAUUUCCUGACCAUAAAUUGAUUUCUCCUCUUGUACUGUGAUCUGUAACAUUUUACACACUUCUAAUGAGAAAGAGGGCAAAUUCCACUGAAGAGCUGAGAAUCGUUUAAACAAAAACGCCUGGUUUAAUAGUAUUAUAUGUUGUAAUAGCAGCAACUGCCUCUCCCCCCCCACCCUGAUUUCAUUUAAAUAGAUGUUUGUCAGUCUCUUUAAAACUUUCAAAAAGUAAGAAUAACAAGGUCAAUGGCUAGAAGGCUUAUAGCCUUCCAAAUGUGUCAAAUGUUAUUAAUUUGUCCACAGGAAAGUCAGACACCUGCCAAGAGUGUAAUUUGCAAUGUAGUUCACUAGUAUAGACUAUUGAAUAGAAAGCUUUUCUGUUGUUUCUCUCUCUUAACUGCUUUUUGUGAAUGUAUUUAAUCUAAAAUACUCGUGCUUUUUAUUAUUUGUUGUUAAAGCAAUAUUUGCAGUUCAUUUCUACAGUAUAACUGUAAUGAAAGUCAUCUUUGUGCUACUGUCUUUAUUCAUACUGAUUAUGCUGCAUGAGCCUAUUUGAAUUGUUUGGCUUUCCAGCCAAAAAAAUUGUGAAAGCUCAGAAUUGAGAAUUCAGCAAAAACAGUAAUGUUUAUAGGAAAAUCUGUUUGUUUUUUUUUUGCACCUUUAUAGACAUAUUAAAUAACAUAUUUCCAAAAUUUCAGUACAAAAUCAGAGAAUUAAAAUGAAUACAAUACAAUGAACAAAAUAAAUAAAUAAAUUCUCUAGGUAGAUUGCCUUUACUAUAGUAAACUAAUAACAUUAAUUAUCAAAUAAUUUGAAUAAAAAAAGUUAUAUAAUUUUUACAGUGUUUGCGAAAUUCUAAUAAGAAGCACUGUUCAAAGGUUCCUGUCUCCUAUAAUGUCAAAUGCAUUUGUAUUUAAUUUACCUAAAUCUUCUAUAAUUCAAUUAUCUUUCUGAAAUACUAUUUUACUUCUUAUGUUGCAAAGAGAAAUUAAUGAUUUUGCAGAUCAAUAAUUUUAGUAAGGGAAACAUCCAGGGAACAAUAACAACAAUUUCUCUCAAAUAAAGUAUCUUGAUUCAUAUAACACAAACAUUUUAUAAAGAAAAGAAUAUAAUACCAAGAUAUAAAAUUUGAUGGAUGAAAUGUACAUAUUUUCAAAUAAGCUUUCUUCCUUUGCCUGUGUACUUGUAAUCUAAUGUUGUUCCUUGUAAAAUCUAUUGUAUCCAUCAACAAUCAAUAAAUAAAACCUUAAAUCUA